CUUCACCAUCUUUUUGUUUUCAUGUGUCCUUUUGAGUUCCUUUGAUCCGAACUGCAAAAGCCCAUCCCAGAUUUCGAUCUGAUAUAUGGUCACAACAAAGAGACUUGCGGAUUAAAAAGAAAAAAGAUUGUUUCUUUUUGGUUCUUUUGAGGUGUUGUUUUGUUUUUGUUUGGUGGUUGAAGAAGAACGAAUCAAGGGGAACAUGGCUGUACAAGCGCAGCUGUAUUCUGAUAACUUCGGCUUUCCAUUUUGCGGUUCUUUGGAUUUGAUCGAUAAUGGUUGUGGUGCCGGUGCCAGUUUCGGUUUAGGUGUUCAUCAGUUAUCGCACUUGCAGCAACUGCAACAACAGCAGCAGCAGUUUCAGUGUCUACAAAACCAGAAGCAGAGAAACCAUGAUCUUGAAUCCAUGGUGUUUAGCCAAAACAUGGUUUCUCAAGUCGAGAUUGAUCAGUUCAUCAAAUUACAGAAUGAGAGGCUGAGAUUGUUGCUGCAAGAGCAGAGAAGGCAGCAAUUGGCUUUAAUGGCGAAGAAGAUGGAAUCGAGGGCGUGUGUUUUACUCAACCAAAAAGACGAAGAGAUUGCAGAGGCGAAUAACAAAGCAAUGGAGCUGCAGAAUCUGUUGGGAAGACUCGAGAUGGAGAGUCAAGCGUGGCAGAGAGUGGCGCAGGAGAAUGAAGCUAUGGUUCUGUCUCUGAACAACCGGCUCGAACAGCUACGGAAGCAAGCCUCUUGUCGGUUCAACAUCAGCGUCGACGAUGCAGAAUCUUGCUGCGAAUGCGUACAGGAGGAAAACAACAACACUGCUUCCCAAGCUGAUCGAAGAAAAGAACACGACGAAGAAGAAAGAACAAAUAUGGUUUGCAAAUGCUGCUAUCGUCAAGGUUCGUGCGUGUUGUUCCUCCCGUGCAGGCACCUCUGUUCGUGCAAGGAUUGCUCGGGCUUUCUUGAUUCUUGCCCCGUUUGUAAAACAGCUAAGAAAGGUAGCAUAGAGGCAUUAGUUUCCUAGGCAGGACCAGAAUUUUCCUGGAAAAAAAAGGGAAAGGGGAGAUCCGAUCUUGAUGAUGAUGAUGGAUGAAAGCAAGCAAGCCAUGUGGAUGUUCAUUAGUUUUUUUUGUUUGGUUGCGCCUUUUAGGUGGUACUGGCAUAUUAGACAUUGUAAUUAAACAAGAAGAAAUAGAAAAAUGAAUUGAACA